AUGGAAUAUGACCCUGGAAUUUACGAGCCAGGACCUUACGAGCCAGGAACACUACAGAUGGACGAAUGGCCCACGAUCCCGUCGUCUAUGGACCCUAUACUAUCUAGUUCCACGGGUUACCAGCCCCCGAAUAGUACUACUGAGGCCACAGAGCUCAGAGAACAUACUCGAUCUCCGAGUACUGACGAAAAUCCCCCUUCCGAACCAGACGAGAUUCCAGGUUUAGAUAUUAACACGAUUGGGGCUAUGUCAACCUCUCCUGUCCGCGCGAAUGUGAAGCGGAGACGAUCCGUGGUAUCUGCUCCUGGAGAUAUCUUGGCUCGCCAGUCAUCGAGGAGGGACAGAGAAACCGUACUAAGUAAUGAAGAUGAUCCAUACCGUCUUAGCAGCGAAAAAGCAUCAGGUGCGGCUCAUGAGAGAGUUCAAAUCCACAGACAGGCAAGCAAUACGAAUCCUCGUUGCAAAAAACGGGCUGCUUCUCAUCCUCAAGAUACUGGUUCACGGAAGAGGCAAAGGGUAGACGGCGGGGAUACGGUACCCGCCAAUACAAGAGUCAAGAGGGAUCGAAGUGCUCAGAAAUCACAAGGAGUUACUCUACCUGAGCUACCGCUAUUAGAACAAGAUGAAUGUAUUGAAAGCGGCGGGGAAGUGGCAUACGAGCGAAAAGGCAUAUUUCGGCUUAAGAAGGACAAAGAGAGAAAUGCGUUCCGCUUCCCCAAGCCUCUCAGUCAGCCAGAACCAGUCUGGCGAGCAGGCGACGGGUUCUCAGAAGAUGAAGCUAAGCCAAGCUUCUUAUUAUUCAUGACCGGCAUUUCCAAGCAGAAAAGAAUUGAAGCAGGUCCAGGUUUGGGAAAACUACAAUUAGAGACUGAGACUGCAAGUAGAGACAACGGGGGUGAAUCGAAAAUUGGCUGCACGAAUGCUCGGAAUUUAAUGCUGGCUCAGAGUGGAACACGAAUCCUAAGUGGUACAUCAAAAGACGUUUGGCCUACCAAAGAAAACUUCGCAGAGAAAUUGGGACCACGACAUCAGAGAUCCAUCACUUCCGAAGGUCAAGAGGUUAUUAUUCCGUCUACCAUAUUGGAGCCAUCUGCCCCAAAGCAUCCAUACAAAGAUAUGUCUUCGCAUAAGUCCCUCCCCGUACGAAAAAGAAAGAAUUCGGAUUUCGAGAAUUUCGGACGACACUUGAAGGAGAGUAGCAACUUACAAUUUUCUGAUAGCAUAGGACAUCAGGGCUCGAAGAUGCAAUAUACCAACCAACCAAAGCCGGCGGACGGUGGAUGUGAACAGGAAGAAGAAUGUGAAGGAGAUCUAGACGAUGUGAUUGCACCUUCAACGUGUUUCGAGAACGAGAUCGACGAGGAUCAUGAAGCGCUUGGAACUAGCUACGAAGAUACAUUAGGUGCCGCUCGCAGUCGAGAGUCCAGUGCUAGAGAUUCCGCCAUUUUUGUAACCGAGGACACCGAAAACGAGCUGUCGGAAACUUGACUGGUAUCCGUGUGACUUGAGACAGUAGACCGGGUCAAUGCACGGACACUUACUCUAUAAGCUUUUUAAUUUCGCUCGAUUCGACUUAACAAAAACAUCGAAACAACCGCUCAGGUCUAUGGGAAUGGUAAUAGGUGGAUUGUGCAUUUUUGCUCUUAUAUUCAUAUAUACCCGACACGUAAGUCACUGUUAUCAAAUGGAGGGAUUUCUUGUUACAUUAAAGCAUGUUCUUAAAACCAUUGAACGCAAGGGCGUGAUCAAGCACUAUAUAGGUCUAGGAGGUAGCUUUA